AAGUGAAAGAGCUGAAAGCUGACACUCCUCCCUUACACUCCUCACGCACUCUCCCAGCACCUGUCAAGUUUCAAAACCACGCUUGCUUCUCUGAAGAGCGACAACCUGGUGAGAAGAAUCUGCCAAGUUUGGAACGGCUGCAAACAUCACUGGACUCGAGCACGAACCGCCUUGAGGUAAGCUGCGUGUGGAUAUAGACGUCAGGCCAGACUGGACCACACCAAACCAGAUUGGACCAGAUUGCACAAGCCAUGGUUUUGCAGAAGCUCCUGAGUUUUGGGAAGCAGCUGUUGCGGGUGAAAGUGGUGGAUUGCUCUGAGGACUCGCGCCUCUCCCGCUGCCUUAACACCUUUGACCUCGUGGCCCUGGGAGUGGGCAGUACCCUGGGGGCUGGUGUGUAUGUGCUUGCUGGAGCGGUGGCUAGACAGAAUGCAGGGCCUGCCAUAGUGCUGUCCUUCCUCAUAGCAGCCCUGGCCUCGGUGCUGGCCGGCCUGUGCUAUGCUGAGUUCGGGGCACGAGUGCCCAAAACGGGCUCAGCAUAUCUCUACAGCUAUGUGACAGUGGGAGAACUCUGGGCCUUCAUCACCGGCUGGAACCUGAUCCUCUCCUAUAUCAUCGGAACGUCCAGCGUAGCUCGAGCUUGGAGUGCCACUUUCGAUGAGCUGACUGGUAAACAUAUUGAGCACUUCAAUCGUCAGUACAUGAGCAUGAAGGCCCCAGGUGUGCUGGCCGAGUAUCCCGACAUGUUUGCUGUGGCCAUCAUCCUGGGUCUCACAGGCUUGCUGGCUUUUGGGGUGAAGGAGUCGGCCAUGGUCAAUAAGAUAUUCACCUGCAUUAACGUCCUGGUGCUGCUGUUCAUGGUGGUGUCUGGCCUAGUCAAAGGCACGCUCAAGAACUGGCAGCUGAACCCUGAGGACAUCCUGAACAGAUCCAACUUCUCAGGCUUCAAUACAUCAGAGCCUGAGGUAUCAGAAGAGAGUUUAGGGAUGGGUGGGUUUAUGCCCUUUGGCUUCAGCGGAGUCCUCUCCGGGGCAGCCACCUGCUUCUAUGCUUUCGUAGGGUUCGACUGUAUUGCCACCACAGGUGAGGAGGUGAAGAAUCCGCAGAGGGCCAUUCCCAUCGGCAUCGUCUCUUCUCUCCUCAUCUGCUUCGUGGCCUACUUUGGAGUGUCGGCUGCUCUCACCAUGAUGAUGCCGUAUUACAUGCUGGACAAGAACAGCCCUCUGCCCGUGGCCUUUAAGUAUGUGGGCUGGGAGGGGGCCACCUACGCGGUGGCUAUAGGCUCAUUAUGUGCUCUUUCCACCAGCUUGAUUGGCGCCAUGUUCCCAACGCCCAGGGUCUUGUGGGCGAUGGCAGAUGACGGGCUGCUCUUCAAAUACAUCGCUGAACUAAACCCGAAAACAAAAACCCCCUUACGCGCUACUCUUACAUCAGGCCUUAUGGCAGCCAUCAUGGCAUUCCUGUUCGACCUGAAGGAUCUAGUUGAUCUGAUGUCUAUUGGCACACUCCUGGCGUACACUCUGGUUGCUGCCUGUGUGCUGGUGCUCAGGUACCAGCCAGAACAUCCCACGCCGGUGUACCACAUGGCAAACACACAUGAGGAGCUGGAGCUGAGUGAAUCAUCAAGCGCCACAAGUAUAGGCAUUCUGCCCGGCAUGGAGGAGCGCUUCAGCUUCAAAACAUUGCUCUUCCCUGACAACACGGAGCCGUCCAGCCUUUCUGGCUCUGCUGUCAACGUCUGCGCCAGCAUGCUAGGCUUCCUGAUCCUGGUUUUCAGCGUUUUGGCCGUUCAGGGGGGCGCAGCCAACUGGAGCAUAGCUAUCCUCAGUGUGUUAGCCAUGGUGUGCCUUAUUCUAACUUUCAUCAUCUGGAGACAGCCACAGAGUAAAAACAAGCUUUCAUUUAAGGUGCCUCUGCUACCCUUCAUCCCUGUGGUAAGCAUGUUCGUUAAUGUGUAUCUGAUGAUGCAGCUGGACAGAGGGACGUGGAUACGCUUCGCGUUGUGGCUGUCCAUCGGCUUGGUGAUCUACUUUGGGUACGGAAUAAGGCACAGCUCAGAAGGUGCUCUGGUUCGCUCUAGCCCCGAUAUAGAGCUUGAUCCAUGCAAGUCCAACUGUGCCCAUAAUGGGGACACCGUGUCGCAUGAAAAGGAGGCUUUCCUCUCCACCAGACGGGAGAAUGGGGUCGAUGAGGACGGCGAGCUCUAAGAGAGAGAGAGCACCAAACGAGCCUCUGUGCUGUCUGCGUCUGCGUGGAGCACAAAGCUAGAUGGCACUGUAAAGCACCAACAGGCUGAGUGUGCGGAGAUACAGCACUGUGGUUGUUUAGGUAUGUCACUUCCUUAUGAGGGAGUCUUGUUAGGGGGCUCUAAAUUAGAGAUGGCACAAUAUCGCCUUUUUUGUUUUUCCAAUACCGAUACUGAAACCUUGAGUAUAGGCUGGAACCCAUAUGAUCUGAUUUUUUCCUUAAAAAUGAGCUGUCUUUAAUUAAAGAACUUAAGAUUUUGAAGCCAUCUAAAGGUAUGAAGUGUUUGCACACAGCUGACACUAACCCAGAUAUGACAGGUGAAAAUUUGCCUAUCGGGCUACAUUUACAGUCCUGUUGAUCCUGUUUAUGACCCUGACAAAUAAAUUAGUGAAUACAUAAAUAAAUUCCCACCCAUGUGCUUUGCUUAAUGUCUAGCUAUUCCUGCUUAUGUUACCAUUAAGCUACGUGCGGCUGUUAUAACUUGGCACACUUUAUUCCGCUUUAGCUUAUGCUGCGUUCCAAGCAAUUCUGUAAUAUUUCAGACUAGAUUUGCUACAGAACUCGAUUCCUCCUUUUUCCACCUGAUAAUCGAUCUGCCAUUUUUUGCUGGUAUCAGCCCGACAUUGAUUCUGGAUAUUGUAUCGGUGCCAUCUCUUCUCUGAACUGUCAGCUAGUGAUUUGCCUUUAAAAUUCUGACAACUCAGGAUUUUGUACCCAGCUUAGAAUAACUCUGAGAAACCAAAACAAACAGAAGAUGUCUUGUCUGAGGACGGCUUAGGUAUAUUAUGAUGAUAGGCUCAUUCGACUGCGGUUUAUUACUGUGUGCAUGUCUGGUUGUAAACAGAGUUCAUUUGUGUUGCUCGAUAGCUGCUAUCAUCAUCAGACUGCACUUGCACCACUGUCUUAUCAGGACAGACAAUAUUAGAGUCAACAUAGCUGUAACAGAAUCAAGAUCAUUCAUCUUCCAUCAGUGCUCUCUGUUUAACAGUUUAGUGUGUUUAUUAAUGAAAUUCAUGCCAUGACUGGAUUAAUGCUUCCUGAUUUAGUUUUUACUCUAGUCUGUUUGAGACCACACUCUGCUUACGGAAGCUUUUCUGCUGCUUUAAACUGACUUGAUCCAGAUGUUCUGACACACCAUGUACAGAAAAUACUGAUACUGGUGGAUCAGAACAUAUAACAAACUAAAUGUGCUCUUUGCUCUGUACUUGAGAGUUUUAUGAAUAUUUGGUUAUGUAAAGAUAAGGUGACAAAUUAAAGGUAAAACCAAUAUAAAAUGUCUUACUAAGGUGCUGAGCUGCCACAAGCUCCCAGAACAGCUUUAAUGAACCUUAACAUAUAUACUAAAAGUCUGGAACUGUACUGGAGGGAUCAAACACCUUUCUUCCAAACUGUGACAAGAAGAUCGAACCAUGCCAGCAAAAUAACCCUCACACCAUAACAAACUCUCAAGACACUCACAUUAUAGGAGUCAAGACAUUCAGGCCUGAAGCUAACCUGCUAAGGAUGGGUGUGUUCAAUUUAAAUAACCUGCACAUUGCUCUUCCCCUUGCUGCAUGUGGACACUUGUGUAGCCUAGAUGUGACACACAUUUGAGUGGAGAUUGGGAAAGUGUAAGGCCCAAUCCCAUUUCUUCUUUGCAACUGAGUUAGAAGGAGUAGCGGUUGCAGUCUUCCCCUACGAAAUGGGACCCUCAAAUAAAUAAAUAAAUAAAAAACAUUGCUUCAUUAACAGGUUACUAGUGGUGCUCUUCAGGCGACCCAGUGAGAGCAAAGAAGGGAAAAAGUCAGCAACCUCACUGCUGGGCUUUAGUUACAUUUAGGGCAUCGUAUGCUUUCAAAGGGGGGUAUAAGGCAAUUAUUUAUUAUCCCUCACCCCAAAUUCUUUGGUGAUACGAAGCUGAAGUCAGCUAUACACCAGCUUCUUAAAGGACUAUUAAAGGUGGAUCGGGAAAGUAAGGUUGCGAGCUACAGAGACAUUAGCAUACUGUUAGCGCAUAAAACUAUUUAAUAGUUCAAUAUCUUUCUUUUUUGUCCUCAUCACACUCUGUAUCACUCUUUUCCACAUCUCUGCAGACCAGUAUUUAUACCACUAAACUCUCAAAUGUGCAGUCAUCUUUGUAAUGAGGGCUUUACACCCUGCAGCCAUACUGUAAUAUCCCGUUUUUGUAGUUGUGGACGGACUGUUCUUGCUGACACCAUCUGAUCAUACACUGCAUUGGCAUUCUCAGUCACCUGAGGAACAGUAGCUCUUUUGUUUUUCAUGAACAUCAUGGUGAUUGAGUACACUUUUGACCACCAUAUCCAACCCCUUUUUUCUGAUGUUUUUCCCAUGUUUCUGAAUACACUGUGCCAGUUUAGUCACUGUUCCUACUGAAACACUCGCCAGCUGAGCAGUCUUUGUGACUGAAGCUCCUGCCAUCCAUUCACCAGUAAAGCCCCUUUUCAAAGAUUUUUUGCUUCUGCUGUCUCGGCCCAAAAUUGAGGUCAAUUAGGUCUGUUCAGCAUUUUUAUACAUGCCCACAGAAAAGUGCUAUAUAAAUAAGCUUGCCUUGCCAUAGAGCAUGAUGUUAACUGCUUAAUUGUAAGAUGCAGCACAUUUGUCUGGAAACGUCUGCACUUGUAAUGUUUCUCCACUCAAUUAUUCAGCUUUUUCCUUUAAUUUGUCACCCAUCUGUAUCGAACUUCAUGUACAAAGAGUAAGAUUUUAUGUCUGGUAAAAUCAAAUGUUGAUGUAUAUGCCCCAUUCUGUUUAACAGUCAAGACUUGGCCUACGAACUGGAUAUGAAUGUAAAAACUAAUGCAGUAACUAGCACACUAGUCACCAACUAUACACUAGUUUACAAAGAAAUGCAUCCCAUUUUUGCGACGAGCUUUCAAUCAAGCAGCUGUGCAUAGACAGAACCUGCAGUGUGUGUGAUCAAAAUUCUGUUUAUAUUCUUGGCAGUAAAUUAUUUGUAAAUUGCGAACAAUGCUUUUUAUAAUGUUAGAACCUGAAAUGUGUAUGCAGACAUUUGUGUCUUUUUUGUUUUAUAGUUUAUAGGUUUAAGAAAAAAAUCUCCUUGCAGUUUUGUUGCUGGACCGAUCCUGAAAAAAAAAACGAGAACAUGUUUAAAUAUUUGAAAGAAAUCGCAUGGCCUUUAAUCUACACUCACAGACCUUAAGAUAUUUGCAGACCGGACUUUUUUCACAACAAUUCUCAGUUAGCUUGGUAAACAAUAGUCCAUACCACCCAGUAAGAGAAUGUGAGGAGUGUACUUUUUUGGACAAAUCUUACUUUGGAUGUACAUUUUCCAGCUAGCUGAGGAAUCCUGGUUUCUUUUUGUCCUGAACUGAAGGUUAUGUUGACUGAAUUUUGGAAGAAUAUUAGCAAUAAUCAAAUCUCCCAUUAAAAUGUGUGUCUGUCAGCUCCUGUAAUGUAAUGUAAUGAAAUGCUGUUUACAGUAUCUCGUGGUGUUCUUUGUCCUUUAUGUUGGACCAUUUCUACUGUGAUUUGUAUAUUUAGUGCACAAAAAAGCCUGGAAUGGUUGAGAGCUGUAUGUCCUGUGAUGUAGCUUUAGAACACUGUUUUUCCUGUUCCACCUGCUGCUGUAAAUAAAGUGCUUUUUGCGAUAA